AUGGAUCCUAAUGUAGAACUCUGGAUUUAUCCUUUGUUUUAUCCUUACGGUACUCAAGGAUGGCACAAAAAUUUAACGCGCGUUAAUGAUACUAAACGUAUUUCUCGAAUGGCAUAUUAUAAGCAUCGAAUAGCCGUACGUGCAGACGAAUUUAAUCCUUUCAUAAGGGGUGGUAGAUUAUUUCAACAAUGGGCAGUCGAUAGUUACGUGAAAGUUGAAAAAGAUCGUAUACAAUAUUGUAAAGAUCAUCAAAAAGAAUUACGAGCUGAUACUUAUAAAGGUCUUAGUGAUUUUAUGCAAAAUACUGCUAUUGAAGUUGGUGGACAAGUUGGUAAAACUGUUGUUCUUCAUUCAAGUUUUACUAGAUCGCCACGUUACAUGCAACAAUGUUAUCAAGAUGCUAUGGUAAUCGUAAAUGAAAAAGGAAAACCUGAUGUUUUCGCUACAAUGACAUGUAAUCCCAACUGGCCUGACAUUCAAGAAAACCUUUUGUCUGGUCAACAAGCUUCAGGUAGAUCAGAUAUUGUAUCUCGAGUGUUUCAUUUGAAAAAAUAUCGACUACUUGAUGUAAUAGUUAAAAAAAUUUUGUUUGGCAAAAUUACUGCUUUCGUUUACGUUAUUGAGUUUCAAAAAAGAGGUUUACCACAUAUGCAUUUAUUAAUAACAUUAGCGAAUGGAUUCAAAUGGACUACUCCUGAAAUUGUUGAUAAAUAUAUAUCAGCUGAGUUUCCUAAUAAAAUAAAUAAUCCACGAUUAUACGAUAUCAUAUUAAAACAUAUGGUACACGGACCUUGCGGUGACUGGUGUAUAAAAAAUGGUAAAUGUUCUAAAAAAUUUCCUAAGAAUUUUCAGAAUGAAACUACUAUGGAUGAAAAUGGUUAUCCGAAUUAUCGCCGAACAAAUGAUGGCAUUAUUCACGAACGCUCCAACGGUCAUCAAGUUGAUAACAGAUGGAUAGUAUCUCAUUGUCGAGAACUAUCAGAAAUGUUUGACUGCCAUAUAAAUGUCGAAGCAGUAUCGAGUAUUUUAGCUGUAAAAUAUUUUUAUAAAUAUAUAUACAAAGGGCAUGAUGCUGCUACAGUCGUUAUUCAAGAUUCCGAACAUGUUGUAGGUGUUUAUCAUGAUGAGAUUAAAAAGUUUAUAGAAACUCGAUAUGUCGGCCCUGUUGAAGCUAUCUAUCGUUUAUUAAGUAAACCAUUACAAGAUAAAAGCCAUAGUAUUAUUAGAUUACCUGUGCAUUUACCCAAUAAUCAUUCGAUCAUUAUUUCUGAUAAUGUAAAUGAUCCCUUGACGUUACAAAAUCUACUAAACAGUACGAGCAGUAUGUUGCUUGAUUAUUUUAAAUUGAAUAGCGAAAAUGCCUCAGCUAGGCAGUAUUAUUAUGGAGAAAUUCCAAAACAUUUCACUCAUAAAAAACAGAAAAAUGGAACAGUGUAUUUAGAUAAAUGGAAUCCACGAAAAAAACAUUUCAAUGUCGUUGGGCGUAUGUACUCUGUUAGUCCAACACAACUUGAAUUAUUCCACUUAAGAUUAUUAUUACAUGUCAAAGCAGCCGUAAGUUUUGAAAGUUUAAGAACUGUUGAUAAUGUAAUACACCCUACUUUUACAGCAGCUUGCUUAGCAUUGGGUCUCAUUGAAAAUGAUGAAGAAUGGAAAAGAGCAUUGGAAGAAGGAACAAAAUGGAUGAUGGCUCAAAAACUUCGUUAUCUGUUUGUACGAAUCCUUAUACAUUAUCAACCACUUAAUCCAGAAGAAUUAUGGGACGAAUUUAAAAAUCAACUAUCUGAAGAUUUUUCUCGAUACCACGAUGAAAGCAUAAGCAAUAAAAUGACGUACUUUCACAUUAACACAUUAUUAAAUGAAAAAGGUCGUAGUUUAGUUGACUUUCCUACAAUGAAUCAAUUCGUUGAAACAGAAUUUCCAUGUCUACACCAGUUAGCAUUUCCCAGAUCUUUGCAAUCAACUGCAGAACGAGGACAAGAUCGAUAUAAUAACUUAAAUCCACAACAGAAACAAAUUGUUGAUAUGAUUGUUGAAGCCGUCCAAAAUAUCAAUUAUACUGGUCCAAAAUACUCAGAAAACAUUAAAAUAUGCGCGAUAGCAUUUACCGGAAUUGCAGCUACAUUACUUCCACACGGAAAAACUGUACAUAAAACAUUUAGUUUACCAGUUCCAAUGUUUCAAGAUUCUUCUUCCAAUAUCAAAGCACAAUCUAAAGAAGCUCAACUACUACAAGAAACUAAAGUAUUUAUUUGGGUUGAAAUUUCAAUGGCUCCAAGAUAUGCUUUAGAAAUUGUUAAUAAAACUUUACAAAAUUGCAUGAAUAAUAACUUACCGUUCGGAGGAAAAGUUAUUAUAGUGGGAGGAGAUCUAAGACAAUUAUUGCCAAUUAAAGUUCAUGGAACUCGGAGUGAAAUAUUAAGUCUUUGCGUAAAAUAUAGUCCAGUAUGGAAUUAUUUUACUAAAUUUUCAUUGACUACAAAUAUGAGGGUUUUACGAAAUGAAAUAGAAUUUUCAAAAUUUUUGUUAAAUCUUGGCAACGGCACGUUAAAUAAUCUAAAUGAUAAUGUAAAUCUUCCUGAACAAGGCAUUGUGACGGAGGAGGAAAUCGAUGAAUACCUCGAAAACCUGGAGCUCAAAACAAGCGGGGCCAAGCUCUCGAGAGUUGGCCGCCUGCAUAACUAG